AUGUCUAAACGGAGUCGUAGCAGUCGCGGUGCCAGUCUAGACGCUGCCCGAUCCCAAAGUCCCUCUUGUCCACCUCCCAGUAGUCAUAAUUUUUCACUUAGACCUACUGGUCGAGGGCGUAGACAACGCCGCGACUCGAAUACUAACACUGAAAGCUGCCAUCGGCAACACCGACUAAGUAGGCUGGUGCUUGACAAGGGUGAGGACGAAACUCAUAAGGAGGAAGGUGUAAAGCAUCCCGGUGGCGAGUAUGAG